UCCUACUAGUCUUCUCUCCCCGAGUAACAGUAGACCAUUAGCUCUCUCUCUCUGUCUCUCUCUCCCUCUCUGUCUCUCUGUCUCUCUGUAUGUGUGUCUGUGUGGGUGAGAUUGGCCAUGUACAGACCAGUCUAUUCGCCUCUCAGGCACCAUUAUCCUCACCGGUGGCAGGAAUCGUGGGCUCGCUUGCUAGCUCCGAUGACUCUAUGGAUAUGCGGCAUUUUCUGUGACAUUAAAGUAUGGGUAUUACGGCAAGUGUCAUAUGGUGCUAGGUCCUAGCUCGUCGCGAUUGUUUCAGGCAAGUUCCAUCUUUGUAAAGCAAGUUGAAGUUAUAGAUUCCGAUCAGAAGGGAAUUUACCUUUAUGGGUACUCGGAGAAGCCUGAACUGACCUUGGAAACCAAUUGGAGUGCGUCCAAUUAUGUCAUUGUUGGACCAUAUAGUCACAAGGGUUUCUCUUUGUGGCUGAACAAGGGUUCGAGGAUCAGGAUGAGAUGGGAGGCUCAGACUAGUAGUUUGAGACAACUUGAAGUUUCUCUAGUUAAAGAUGCAUACAUGUCUUCAACAGGGGAGCGCGAAUACGAAACUUUGUUGCCAACUUCAACAAAUUACCCUCAUCCCCAUACCCUCAAGGAACCAACAGAUGGUAGAGAAGCUGAAUAUGCUAUUGUGGAAGAUGACAAGUACUACGUCGGCAUCAUAAACACGAAUCCUAAGAGCAUCAUAAUGGUCAUGAAUGUCAACGUCUCAUCAAAGAUGUAUGAUACAACUAAAGCAAAGAGCAUGUGUUCGACGAUGAAUGGAUCAUGUCGCCUUGGUCUUCUCUUCCCCAACACACAAUUUGUCACAGUAACAACACCCAACAACGGUGAUCUUGGCGGAUGGUAUGUUGAGCUUUCUUUCGUGGCUCGUAUUGUAACCUAUAUUGCAAUUUUAGGAUUUAUUGUGAUUGUUCUUUUCCUAGUACUGAAGUACCUUGGAGCCUGUGAUGGGGACAAUAAUCAUGAAGAGCAGCCGCCAGUAAGAGAGAUAACUGAAGCCGAUCCUCUGAUGCCGGAAAAGCCAAUUCGAUUGCCAUAUGGAACAGGUGAAGAGGACUUGGAGUCUGGAUCAUCUACCUCUUCAGAGGACUUGUAUGACGGGAAGAUUUGUGUAAUUUGUUACGACGAGCCAAGAAAUUGCUUCUUUGUUCCUUGUGGCCAUUGUGCCACCUGCUAUGACUGUGCCCAGAGGAUUAUGGAUGGGGAGAGCAAGAUGUGUCCAAUAUGUCGAAGGCUCAUUCACAAAGUAAGGAAAUUGAUAAUUCCCUAGAACCUAAAUCUUAGAUUGUGAUCUUAUAUGAUUACUAACAUGGGCAUUACUUAGUGGCCUAGUUGGUAGAGUGCUCAACUCCCUGAGUGGAUGUGCCCUUGUGUUUGAGUCCCCCCUCCCCCUUAGUUUUCCGGGAUUAAAAA